CUCUCUCUCUCUCUCUCUCUCUCUCUCUCUCGCGUAAGUUGAAUUCAGUCAAGUGCUCUCAUUCUCUUUGUCUUCAACGCGAAAGUCAUCUUCUACCCCCAGAGUUCUAAAAUUCCUGUCGCAAUAUUCCAUUGUCUUGCUUCCCAGUUUCUUCCCUAGAGUUUCAAAACCCUAAAUUCUCCGGGCAAAAUGGAGAACGCAAUGGCAUAUCUUGGAGAGACGGGAACAAUCACAGAUACAGAUCUGGUGCGAGGAUGCUUUAGCCCACAGGAUUCUCUGGAAUACCAAUCUGCUUUUCCACUUUACCAACUCUGUAUUGAGACCUUCCCAAACGUGUUAGGCGUGAGACUCCUGCAGUUUUAUCUCAACAAUACCGAUAGGGAUCUCAGGAACAAAGCACUGCAACUGCUGUCCUUCUACCUCUCAGAUAAACCCUUCUCUGCAUAUGCCCUUGCUGAUCUCAAGCCUCUACUUAUAUUAUGCCUCAGAAAGCACUCAAAUAUAGACAAGAUUGAAGGAGAAGCGGAUUUGAGUUUCCUAAGGAACAUUGUCUACUCCGUGACAAGAUUACCGCACGAAAACGAUCUGACAUGGCCAGAGCUUUCAUAUUGCCUUCGCGAUCUGGCCAACAGAGAGCCAUUGUUGGGUUUCUACAUUUUCCUUGACAUGUCAACAUCUUUGAAAUGGAACUUUCUGGUUCGCUUCUAUAGAGAGUUUAAAGAUGAAGCUAAGAACAUAGUAGCAAUGCCAGAACACCGUGGAUCCGAAGAAAUCGUUGCAGCCUUUGGCACUUUAGUCUACAUUGGUAUUCAACUAAGUCGUCAUCCGAAAUUAGACCAAGACUGCAUACACAUUCUUGAUGAAAUUGGCGAUGCAACAAGAAAGCUCUUGGAAGAUACAGUCUACAAAUCUACCAACGAGAUUGGUCGUCUUCUACAACGGAACAUCAAGGUCUACAAUAUCUUGCCAGCUCAGAAAGAAUUUGUAUUCGACGUUGCGUACAAAAUGAUACGUAUGAAUCUACCAGUAAAAAACCAAGAAGCAGUCCUGAAUAUGCUUGCGCUUACAUUUCUGAGAUGAAAAAAGAGUUGCAGAGAGUGGAAGUAGAUAUUGAUGAGCGAGGAUUUGAAGAGCUCUGAAAUAAACCAGACUCAAAAAUAUUGGAGCUUUCUUGUUGUGAACUCUGAAAAAAGCACUGGUCUUUCUUUUUAAUUACUUGGAUUUGACUUUUCUUUGAUCCAACAUAUGAGGAUUGUGGAUGUACAAAAUUCAAUAGGAUCAGCUGUUUCAAAAAGAUUGUAUCCGUCCAAUGUGUGAAUUGCAAAUCUGAGAUUCAGUCAACUGGCAAUUAAAGCGCAGGGUAGUCUUGAUUUCUGUACUAGAGGGGGCGUUCAGUUUCAGGCGCUUAAUGAGUCUUAGAGUAUUCUGAAAAUUGAUUUGACUAAAUUAGUGGUUUAAAAAACAAGCAAUGGUCCUUCUUUGCUGUAGAAUAAGUUGCAGAGUUUAGCUGGAUAGCACUCAGCUGUCCUUAGGGAACUUGAGUCUGACCGUCAGAAAGCAUGUCAAGGUUAUAAGAGAGAGAGACAUGCAUGUGAAAUUUCAGCGAG